AGAUGAGAUAGCGUCACAUAAGACCAGGGCGACUACAGUGAUCAAUCAGGCCUCUAGAUAUAAAGGGCUGAAACCCUCCCACUAUGAUGUCUGAUAUCGUGCCACAAAUCCUGCACGAUAUAACGCGUCUGGUGCCAUAAUCAAAAAUUGCAUCUCCGAGAUAUCACCCAAGUAUCAAACGCAACCACGUUAGAAACCCCACAAUUUAUCGAGCAAUGUCCUCCUCAACUCUCCCCUCGAACACCAGCCUGGUCGACAUUGGCACUCACUCCCUGGCCCUCUACAGCCACGGCCCGGAACCAGUCAGCUCCAAAGAUCCCGUUGUCCUCUUUAUCUCAGGCGUAGCAAGCUCAAGCCUCAACUGGGCAGCCGUGGUGCGAUUACUCUCCCCUUCACUACGAAGCUAUACUUACGACCGUUCCGGGUACGGCAACUCAGAGCUCUCACCUCGCGAACCGACAGCCGAGAACAUUGCUCUUGAGCUGUCUCUUCUAAUCGAAAAGGCUCCCAUUUCAAACUCUCUAAUCCUUGUCGGCCACUCAUGGGCCGGCGUGCUCAUAAGCGAAUUUAUUGCCCUGACUGGCAACGGUCCACACAUCGCUGGCCUGGUCCUCGUCGAUGCCAACCAUGAGACUAUGCCACAGGUACUAAACGUAAACGAUCCAAAUCUGUGGGCCAUUGCCGAAGGCGUCGAGUUCUACUCUGGCCUAGGCCUUCACAAGGAACAUAGAUUGACACCAGAAGAAUGGGAUGCGUUCAUCAGUGACGAAUCGACAGAGAAGACAAAACUGAUUGCUGAGAAGGAGGAUGUUGAGCAUUAUGCGCCGAGUUUUGAGACUCUACGGAAGAAAGAGUUGAGUAAGAAGCAGCCUCUACUUGGAGAUAAGCCGGUUUAUGUUAUAGGGGGCAUGCGGAGUAGAGAUUGGAGUCGGUUGUGCGAGGCGGGCGUUGAGAAGGGGAAUGGAACUGAGGAACAGAGGAGGCAUGUCAGGGAGUUGAUUAGCACGGCCGACGAGAAGAGUGAGGGUCUCAUGAAGGAGUUUCUGAAACUCUCUACGAAGACUGAGCUUGUUUUUGCCCGCGAGAGUGGGCAUUUCGUCCAGUUGACUCAGCCAAAUGUCGUUGUUGAUGGGGUGAAAUGGGUUCUCGAGAAUUCGCAGAUAUCGUCAUAGGUGUGGA